CUGGUUCUGUCGGUCUCAGGUGCCACCAAGACCCUGGAGUCGGCCUCCUAACACCAGCAAUUUUGAGGCAGAUGGAGGAAACCUACUUAGCACCUAUUGGACAAGGAAAUGCCCCACUGGAGUCUUCAUUGAGAAAUAGUGCUGCCUGGGUGAAAGUAAAACAUGACAGAAAUCGAUGGCUUCUACAAAAGUAGGGAGGUGUUUGAUCCAGCAGAGCAGUACAAGAUGGACCACAAGAGGAGAGGAAUUGCCCUAAUCUUCAAUCACGAGAGGUUCUUCUGGCACUUGACCCUCCCAGAGAGACGUGGCACCAGUGCAGACAGGGACAACCUGACUCGAAGGUUUUCAGAACUAGGAUUUGAAGUGAAAUGUUUUAACGACCUCAGAGCAGAAGAAGUCCUGCUCAAAAUUCACGAGGUGUCAACUUCAAGCCACGUAGAUGCCGAUUGCUUCCUGUGUGUCUUCCUGAGCCACGGAGAAGGCAACCACAUUUAUGCCUACGACGCCAAAAUUGAAAUUCAGACAUUGACUGGCUUGUUCAAAGGAGACAAGUGUCAGAGCCUGGUUGGAAAACCCAAGAUAUUUAUCAUUCAGGCCUGUCGGGGCAACCAGCAUGACGUGCCCGUGGUUCCUCUGGAUGUGGUGGAUCAUAAGACAGACAAGCUGGACAACGUGACCCAGGUGGAUGCUGCCUCUGUGUACACUCUGCCUGCAGGGGCAGACUUCCUCAUGUGUUACUCUGUCGCAGAAGGAUAUUACUCUCACCGAGAAACUGUGAAUGGCUCCUGGUACAUUCAGGAUUUGUGUGAGUUGCUGGCAAGGUAUGGCAGUUCCCUCGAGUUCACGGAGCUGCUCACGCUGGUGAACAGAAAGGUCUCUCAGCGCCGUGUGGACUUCUGCAAAGACCCCAGUGCGAUCGGCAAGAAACAGGUUCCCUGCUUUGCCUCAAUGCUGACCAAAAAGCUGCAUUUCUGUCCCAAACCUAGUAAGUAGGGCCAUCUGUCUUGCUACAUAUGUUUCACACACAUUUCCCUUUCAUACAGAGGCCAGCUGGUCCAAGAUUUUCACCCAUCAAUGUAAACUGUUUCAAUUUUUUUAGAUGCCAUAGAAAAGUAAUGUUUUAUCUUUGUUAUUUUUCAAUCAUGUUGGACAUGGUGAAAGGGCUAAAAAAAAAUCCUCAGGAAAUUACUGUGCAUAAAUGUCUACUACAUUUAUUACAUUUUUAGUAAACUGCAAUAUUACUCAAAAAUACCAACUACUUUGCCUUACCUUUUGUGACACUAUUUAUACAAGUUUAUUGUAUAAUGUUUUUACAGAGUUUUGAAACUCAAGAAUGAGAUUUUUUUCACUUAAUAAAAUGUCUAAAACUCA